AAUCAACCGUUUGGCUCAAAAGUGGCCCAGCGCGUCACGUACUGUGGCUGCAUUAAAUUACGUCGCUUGUACCACUUGAGUGCUGCGUGAAUUGUUGAGGGACAAAGAAUCUCUAACUUUUGAUUUUUGUAAAGUGUGUGAUAAUGCCAGAAACGCAUAAAUAGAUUUGUGAUCGAUGAGCACACAUUUCGACGCUAUCAGUGCAAAAUGCAACGCGUGAUGUCGGGCCAGUCGAGCGAUCCUUUAUCGCCCAAGCGAAAAAGGCUUUCGGUGGGUUUCGGAGUGAAUGCAUCGGUACAGAUUCACAAAACGGCAACACCGCCAGCCGCCAUCAUCCCGCAACAGCGAUCAUUAUCGACCCACAGCGAUACUUCUGUGGCGCCUGACGAUGCAACUCCCGGCAAGAGAAAAACUUUACACGAGACGCUUCUGAUGCGCCUGCUGUCGACGCCAAGCGAUGAGCCACUGUUCCGGCAGCACUCAACCGACGCACCCGAAUCACAGCGUACGGCGGACGAUUCGUUCGACAGCUGCCUAUCCGGCAGAAGCACACCGAUCGAGCUCGAUCUGCUGCACCAAACGCCGGAUGCCAUGCGAUGCAACACUACGCCACCGGCGGCGGUAGAUUCGGCACCCGCCGCUCAACCCAAUCGCCGUAUGCAGCUGCUGAUGCGCGAUUUCAACAGUCCUUCCGCGACGGCACGAUUGCGUGCGGUGCGUGCAUUAAACUCGGUCUCGAAGCGUAACGCGUACGGUAACUUUGAUAUAUCGUACGCCGAGCAGGACAUCAUCACAGCGGAGGAACGGCUUGCCCAGGAACAGCGCACGAUUCAGGACGUCAUGAGAGACGUGUGUGUGUACGUGGAGGUACGCUCCGGUACGGACAAUCGCUCGGAAGGGAUCAAGGAGCACAUUGCAUCUCUCGGGGCGAAGGUGAACGAGCGAUUAUUAAGGGACACAACACACGUCAUAUUUAAGGACGGGUUGCUUUCAACGUAUCAAAAAGCGAAAAAGAUGGACAUCCCGAUCGUCUCCAUUCUGUGGAUCGAAGCAUGCAAAAGACACACCUGCCUGAUGAAUCCAAACGAUUUCAAAAUAUCCAACCUAGAACGGUACGAAAAUCCGGAUCUCUUCAAGCGCAUUCGACGUCAAAAGUCGAUGCAACCCGGAGCGGAGGAAGCAGUUGGUGCAAAGAAACGUCCCAAUGUUACUGCAAAGGCAAAGGCGACGACCACUGUGGCCGUGAUAUCACCACCCUCGAAAUUGCCUGUCCUUCAUCGGAUCCGGAAAGACGAUCGGCUGGAGCGCAUUCUGAGCGAUUUUGAAGCCGAAAAUCAAAUCAACAGCUCUGCCGAGGGACCGGUCGACGAGUACGACGAGCUGUUGCAGGCGGCACCGAUGCGUAUGCUGGAACGCUUCCGAUCCACCCCGACACCGAUGGAUCGGGAAGAGGAAGAUCAAACGGACAGUGUGACACCAACCACCGCCACAACAGCAGAAUCAAGCGCUAAGGCGAGCGAAAUUCCAUCACGGCGUGAAUUGUUUGCUGCAUCAAAGUCGAUUACACCGCGGUCCCGACGCAAGACGGUCAUGUUUACCCCACAAAUGAUGAACGUCCAGGAAGAGGAACAAGCUGUCGAUGAUACGCCCAAGCAAACUUCGGCUCGAAGUCGACGCAAAACGAUCGUACAGGCGAAUGACGAGGAGACAGCUGGAGCCGUGUCUGCAAGGCCAUCAUCGCACUCGAACCGACGCAAAACCGUCGUGGCUGUGGACGAAGAAAGCGCAGCAACGUCACGAAUCGGUCGUACUCGACGCAGCACAAUGAUCCUGAACGCCACCAUAACAGAAAAUGCUUCUCCUCCAACGAAAAUUCAAUCUAGUCUAUGCGAGAAUAAUGAUCUCAAGAAGCAGGUGGUGGAAGAUACAAACGCACCAAACGUUUCUUCGAACCGUCGCACAACGAUCGUAGCUGCCGGAAAGGAUCCCGUGCGCACUCCUACGGUGGCCAUUGCCGCGGCGAAAAAACGCUCCCGUCGGAAAACGAUUGCGUUUGGAAACGAGGAAAACACACCACCAUUAUCGGCGAUUUCGAUGGACAUCACGAAGACGCUUUCGAACACUCCCAACAUUCCGGCCCGCGUCACUAUCUGUUCCCCGAAAGACAUGGACGUGUCCAGCAUAGUUCCAAAGAACCAAACAGAACCAAAGCUGAACAGCGAUGGAACGGUCAUCAGCAUUUCGUCGGAAGAAGGAUCCAAUCGUCAGCUGGUUCCAAACCGCCGUCGGACACUCUUUAUCCCUUCCAUCGAGGGAGCAAUGGAUGGGAUGGCUCGGGCACAGAACGAAACGGUCCGAUCCUCGGUCGGUUCCACCACAGCAACGAACAGGCGUAAAACGAUGCUCUUCACACCCGGGAACUCCACCCCAAUGGAACCGCUGGAAGUGACGGAAACGCCGCCACCCGACGCAUCCCAAUCGCACGUAACAACGGCCGAUGGCAGCAGUAUCGUAAACCGUCCCAAUCCUACCUCCAGCUCGACGCCAGUUUCGGCGACGACCGCAAACGGGCGCAAGACGCUGCUAGAGCAGUACACGGAUUCGCUCAUCUUCAGCUCAACGCGUGCCCCGGAACGACGCCGCCGCACCGUGUUCGACAUCACGAUGGACAUUAUGGAUCACCGGCUGUCCGAGAUUAAUCGACAAGCGGCGGCCACAUCGAACAAACCGGACGAUAACCCGGUUGUGGUGGCGGCGGCGGCGGCGGCGGCCAGUGUGGAAGCUGCACUGAAAUCUCCUCCCUCGCAAAGGGCCCUUCAAACAUCCCUCGAUGCGUACUACCGGAAGGCGGCCAAAUCGGGUGAAAAGCAGGCGCAAAGUGUAGCCGCCACACCGUCCGAAGCGCCGCCGCGGAAAAGGAAACUGUUUAACGUUCAAACGUCCGAAGAGGAUGUGCCGGUGGCGGUAGCUGCCAUCAAACCAGCUGCCAAACGACGUUCCCUUGCACCAGCACCAGCAGCUAAAGCUGAAUCGAACAAGCAACGUCGAACUACGGCCCUGUUCACCUCGCCGAUCGAGCCAGCCGCUUGCCAGCGCCAGGAGAAGGAAGAGCAGCAACGGAAGCAACUGUUCCCCAUGGGACGCGGACUUCCAACGAUGGCCUCGCAGUAUACGGCCGUCGCUUCUGCCGCACAGCAGGCCGGUCCAAUGCCGAAGCAGUACCUGGCCACCACUAACCUGCACUCCGAGCAGAGCGCGUUCGUGAAGGAGGCCAUCGCACGGCUCGAUGGAUUCGUUGUGGAGCCGAACGUCACCGACCACACCACCCAUCUGGUAACGCUCGAGUCCCGCCGCACGAUCAAUCUGCUCCGGGCGCUUAUCCGCGGCCUGUGGAUCGUACGCUACGAAUGGAUCGUCGAGUCGUACCAGGCCGGCCGUUGGCUGCCGGAGGAACGGUUCGAGCUGAGCGAGUUCUCCCGUGCCGUGCAGCUGAAUCGCAGCGAGCGGCAAGCAUUCGGUAGCCAGUACCGAAAUGAGCUGUACACCGACUUUGCACCGUUCUGGAUAUCGCCACGCUGCCCGGUACCGGUGCAGCAGCUGCGCGAGCUUGUUCUCCUCUGCCGUGGGAAGGUGACGGGCAAUGCGGCACGGGCCAAGUUUCUGGUGGUGGACCCGGACGACAAUGAUGCGGCACCGAUCGAGGGUCAGAUUGUGGUGGCACCGGUGUGGAUUCUGGACAGCAUUACCGUCAACAAGGUAAAGAAGCUGUCCCGCAAGUAUCGCGUGCAGUAGUAACACGGCGUACGUACUGCGCGAGGUUACAACUUAAACAAGACUGAUACAUGUGUACUAGAGCUAGUUGACGAAGCCCCUACCCGGCUCACUCUCUCUCUCUCUUUCUCUCUGGGGCGUAAAGAAUGCAAAAUAAAGUCACCUGACCACGGGGCGGAUGCCCGGUUUUAAUCGAA